AUGCCAGGCCUUUUGUCCAGUCUUGUGUGUCUGACAGUCAUCUGGUUUUUAUCUUCAUCGCUGGGCCCCAGUUGUGCUCAGAUUUGGAUUGAUGAAGUGUCAGGCGUGCAGUACGGACGUUUGGAGUCAAACGUGACGCUAGAAUGUGGGAAGUCAGAAAUCGGAGUCCCUGUGGUGUGGCGCCACAAUCGCAGCUCGGUGUUGCCGUGGCACGAAGUGACAUCGGAUGGCCGGCUAGUCCUUUUGCACGUCAACCAAUCAGCACAAGGCAACUACAGCUGCUAUAACAACAGCGAGCUCCUCCGUUCCGUCAGUCUCAGGCUGGGCCGUCCCCCUGGGCUGUUGAGCAUUUCAUGUCAAGUGCCCAAUUACACACACGUUCGCUGCUCCUGGAGGGAAUCUGGGAACACCUUCCUGCCAGCUGUUUACAACGCCUCCUUUAGUGGGAAGGGUCACGUGCCGAGGCCAUGCAUCAUGGACGUCACCUACAGGCACUGUGAUGUACACCAUCCUGCUUUCUGGGAGACUAUCCACAUGCUCGGAGUCACAGAGACGAAUGCUCUUGGAUCCCAGACAACAUUUCUCCAAUUCAGGCUUUAUGAGCUUUUAAAACCUAAUCCUCCAGAGUCGGUGUCUGCAAAAGAAGUGGAGGGUUUUCCAACAAGACUAAGGGUCACAUGGGACUACCCUUCCUCCUGGCCACUGGAAAUCUCUUUCCCCCUCCUCUUCCACAUUAGAUACAGGCCUCAUGGUUCGAAGGUCUGGUCACAGAUUUUCACAGAGGGGGAUGAAGUUGUGAUAGCUGAUGCCCUGGCGGGUCACUUCCACCAGGUAGAGGUUCGAGCCCGGGACGAGGUGAACUCUGAGAGCCAGUGGAGCGAGUGGACCCAACUGCAUCUCGUCAGACCCUGGGAAGCCUACACCAACCCUGACCCUGUAGAGGACACAGAGCCUCCAGACUAUUAUGCUAUCUUCAGCACAGAAUCUGAGACUUUCACCAUUAAGACGCCCAAUCCUGCAGACGGGGAUGACGGUAACUUGGGUCUGGUGAUUCUGCUGCUUUUGUUCUCCAUCUGUAUCCUCACCACCGUACUUUCCCUCAUCUUUAUUGUAUGUAUGAGACAGAGGCGGCGAGAACACGCCACCAAACAGGAGCUCGCCUCCAUGGUCAAGAUGAAGUCAAUCCUAAUCUAAGAUGACCCUCAUGUUCAAGGUUGAGAUGAAGUGUCACCUGUCAGCUGGAAAAGUGAGUAAACGUCAAACCCUUUUUUUUUUUUUUUUUGUCAGAGACACGCUGGUUGACUAGAGG